GGCCCCUUCCACCUGAACAAAGAGCAGGAGUCAGUUCCAGGAAGGGAAACACCCCCUUGCUGCUGCAGGCUGGGCAUAGUGUGAACUCAGGAAUGUGAAACAAAGCCUGUUACAAACUGCCCAGAGGGAGCCAUGGCUGCAGAGAACCCCGUGGAAAGUCUCCAGGAGGAAGCAACAUGUCCCGUCUGUCUGGAGUAUUUCACAGAACCUGUCACUCUGGAGUGUGGGCACAAUUUCUGCCGAGCCUGCAUCGCCCAGUGCUGGGAGGGAUCCAAUACAGCAGCCUCCUGCCCUCAGUGCAGACAAACUGUGCAACAGAGAAACCUCAGGCCCAACAGGCAGCUGGCAAACAUGGUGGAAAUCGCCAAGCAACUGAGUUUACAGGCAGCAAAGGGAAGAGGAGGGGACGGGGUGUGUGGGGAACACCAGGAGGCUCCGAAACUAUUCUGUGAAGAGGAUCAAACCUCCAUCUGUAUGAUCUGCAGAGAGUCCAGGGCUCACCGCGCUCACACUGUGGUUCCCAUACAGGAGGCUGCCCAGGAGUACAAGGAAAAAAUCCAGACCCAAUUGAAGACUCUGAGGGAAGAGCGAGAAAAGCUGCUGGGAUUGAAAGUGACUGGAGAGGGGAAAAGCCAGGAGUAUCUGGUAGGUGCCUGUUGUUAUGAACCAGCAGGGACUGGCAGUGGGAGGUCUGUUUGGAGGCAGAUUCCUGUGUGGCCUUGGUGAAUGUGGGCUUGUGCGUGUUUCUCCAUGACCAUGGAUUACUGAGUUAGAUUUGUGCAUAGACAAGCCCUAAGCUUCCAUUUCAGCUGGUCAGUUAAUGUCUCGCUCUUGUGACUUGCCCAGAAAUCCCCCCCAAGUGAACUGAAUGUCCCCAUGAAGUGCUGUCCACUGGGUCUGGUCAUUUUGUGCAUUAACAUGUUUGUUUCUUUUUUCUCCCCUGGUGUCUCUGUCAGUGUAGUGCUGAGUCCUGCCUCCUGCUGCUCUGGGUCUGAAUUCCCAGAGACCAUGAAUGACAUAAUAUGCUAACAUGACAGACAUGGAAACCUCCCUUUCAGAGAUACAGGGGCUGAAGGGGAAGCUGUGAGAGAAUCCUCUCCCUAGGGUAAAGUCAAAUGUCAGAAAUCUUAGGAUUUUCAACAAAGUUCUCCUUCCUACACAGUCAGCUCUCCGUGAAAGGACCCCAGGCUACAUCCAUGUCCCUGACCAGCCCUUGCCCUAUUUUCAUACAGAGACAAACACAAACCGAGAGGCAGAAGAUUGUGUCUGAAUUUCAGCAAC